CAUUGCCUGCUGCUGGAUGCUGCGAAAGUAAUAGCAAUGAAAUUUUAUUUUAAUUGUGUCCGUAAAAUGUACAUUCAGUGAUCACCGGAUUUAUCCGCAGCAGAUUCAAUAAAAACUGUGUGAAACUUGUGUAAAAUAGUCACAUUACGACUAACCUCACGGAGGUUUAUAAGAGUUGUUUCUUUUUGCGCUAUAAAGAUUGUUUUGGGGAAGAAACAUGAGUUACAACUCGGGCGGGAGUGGCGGCAAGGGAUUAGGGUUCGCGGGUUUUACAAUGCCCAAGCGAAACCCUUCAAAUGUGUCCCUUCAUGCGGUUCCACCGCCGUCGGCUCAAUCAAUGCAUGCCGUACCGCCCCCCACGUCUGGGCUUUCCAAACAGGGGUAUUCAACAAUGACCUCUAUAACCCAGAAUGCAGUUACUGGGAACUGGGGGAUGCUUGGCAAGAAACGAUCGAAGACAGAGGAUGAAUACUUUGAUGAGGAUGAUGAGCCGCCAACACCAGCUUUAGCAUACAUACCGGCUCCGGGAAGUCCUACAUAUGAACAAGCAUCUAAUUCUAAAGCAGGUGAUGAGGAAGAAGACCCCCUGGACGCGUACAUGGCCGGUUUGGAGCGCCAGGCCGCCAAGGACAUGGUGGCCAGCAAGGAGAACGCUGUGAGCGGCAAGGGUGAUAGCAACCGGGGGACCAGGGGGGAUAUUGACGAAAUGGAUGACGAGGAGAGCUAUUACAAAUACAUGGAAGACAAUCCAUUAGGCCACAAUGAUGAUGGUUCGGACUUGGAGAUUGAGUAUGAUGAGGAUGGAAACCCAAUAGCGCCUCCAAAGAAGAAGUUCAUUGACCCCCUGCCUCCCAUAGACCACUCGGAUAUUGUCUAUGAGCCUUUCGAGAAGAACUUCUAUACAGAACAUGAGGAUAUAGAGAAAUUGACCACACAGCAAGUUGAGGAGUUGAAGAAGAAUUUAGGAGUAAAGAUAACAGGGCCGGACCCGCCAAAGCCGGUGAGCAGUUUCGGCCAUCUUGGCUUCGACGAACAACUAAUGAAGGCUAUUCGCCGCUCAGAGUAUUCCCAGCCGACGCCCAUACAGGCAGCCGGUGUGCCCGCCGCCUUAUCCGGAAGAGAUCUGAUUGGUAUCGCCCGGACCGGCUCCGGUAAAACUGCCGCGUUCCUCUGGCCGCUUCUGGUACACAUCAUGGACCAGAAAGAACUGGCCCCAGGCGAGGGUCCCAUCGGGCUGAUACUGGCGCCCACCAGAGAAUUGGCUCAACAGAUAUAUAUGGAAGCGAAGAGGUUUGGCAAAGUGUAUAAUAUAAGAUGCGUUUGCUGCUAUGGCGGCGGUUCUAAAUGGGAACAGACAAAAGCGUUAGAAGGCGGUGGUGCUGAAAUCAUAGUGGGCACCCCCGGCAGGGUGAUUGAUCUCAUAAAAUGUAAAGCGACCAAUCUACAAAGGGUCACGUAUUUGGUGCUCGACGAGGCCGAUAGGAUGUUCGACAUGGGUUUCGAGCCUCAAGUCCGCAGCAUAUGCAACCACGUCCGGCCCGACCGGCAGGCGCUGCUGUUCUCCGCGACGUUCCCGCGGCGCGUGGAGCGGCUCGCGCGCGACGCGCUGCACGACCCCGUGCGCGUGCAGCACGGCGUGGGCGGCGCCUGCGACCUCGUCACGCAGCUCGUCAGGAUAUUCAACAAACCCGAAGAGAAAUGGACGUGGCUGUUACAAAACCUCGUGGAGUUCCUAUCGGCCGGCAGCGUUUUAAUAUUCGUCACCAAGAAGUUAGAAGCUGAACAAACGGCGGCCAAUCUCGGCGUUCAACAAUACGACGCGUUAUUACUACACGGCGAUAUGGAACAAGCUGACAGGAACAAAGUGAUCACAGCUUUCAAGAGGCAGGAGAACAACAUACUGGUGGCAACAGAUGUCGCUGCCCGCGGUCUAGAUAUACCCCACAUAAGAACGGUGAUAAACUACACUGUGGCCAGAGAUAUAGACACUCACACCCAUAGAGUCGGUAGAACUGGCCGCGCGGGCGUUAGAGGAUCUGCGUACACGCUGCUAGAUAAACACAAGGACAAGGAGUUCGCUGGACACCUGCUCAGGAACCUGGAGGGGGCACAACAGGAGGUGCCCGAAGAGUUAACCAGCCUCGCUAUGCAGUCGGCGUGGUUCAGGAAGUCUCGGUUCAAGAAGAGCAAGGCUAAGAAUCUGAACGUCGGCGGCUGUGGGCUUGGGUACAAGGAGCGGCCCGGGCUGCCGCCGCCGGCGCCGGGCGCGCUGCCGGCGCCCCCGCCCGGGCCCGCCACCGACCGCCUCGCCUCCCUCAAGCAGGCCUUCCGCUCGCAGUAUAACCAGUUCACAGCGUCCUCGGACCACUCGUGGGAGCAAACGCUGACCACGAUUCAACCCGGGGUCAACGCCCCCGCGUCGCAGUCGCAAGAGUCGAAAGCCGAGAGGGUGCGCAAGAGUGGCAAAAAGAGUCGAUGGGAGUAGACUAUAAGGAGUUAAAUAAAUUAAAAAAAAAAUAAUUUAUAAUUAUAAAAAAAUGGAAGAUAAGUUUAGGUGCGCCGCAGACGAGAGACUAUCCGAGCGACCAAAUUUUUACAUAUAUACAUAUAUAUAGUCACGUCUAUAUCCCCUGCGGGGAAGGCAGAGCCAACAGUCUUGAAAAUCUGAAAAGUCACGUUCAGCUGUUUAGCUUAAUGAUAGAAUUGAGAUCCAAAUAGUGACAGGUUGCUAGCCCAUCACCGAAGAAUCCCAAGUUAAUUAGCCUGUCCCCUAGUCGCCUUUUACGACAUCCAUGGGAAAUGGAGUGAUCCUAUUCUUUUUUAUAUUUGUGUCGGGAACCACAUGGCACUGAUCAGUCUCGAAGUAAGUUGGAAACAUGUGUUACGAGAUACUGACUCAACGUUACUACAUCAAUGAUCAUCCAACACCCUGGCCAAUCAGGAAAAAUUGAAAAAAAUAUAAGAUAUAGUAACUUAUAGGUCGUAAAAAAACCGUGAAAAAGACUGUUGUGGACUUGACAUUUUAGAUGAACAAAACUGACUGACAUGACAUAUUGAUGAAAAAAGGACAAUCAAAAUUUUACUAAGACGACAACAAGACACGACGCUUUGAACCUCCGUAACUGUGGUUUUAUUCAGACUGACCUACCAGACCCUCGGCCCGUUCAUUGACCAACAGCAAGUUUUUUGUUUUUUUUUUUUAUUAAGAUUUUUUUUUGCGCGUCAUUCCUACUUUAUCGCACAAAAAGUGUGUCGUGUGCGCCGCACCUUAUUCUUUUCUACUAGGUACUUUUGAAAUGCGAUAAUUUUUGACGUUUAAAUCUUUAUCGUAGCGCCCCGUAGCGGAGAAUAACGUUAACUUAGCUACGAAAUUUGACGUAACCGUUUAUUAUGUCUAGAAAAAUGUUACAAUCGGCCUAGCCGUUCGCCAUACGCACACCAUAAAUAAUCUUCAUGUAAUAAAAUUCCUCACUUCGCGGGUACAGUCAACGGCACACCAACCUAUCAAAAUUAAUUGCGAAUUCGCCUCUAUUAACUUGAUAUGCGGUUGACUGUACCUACGUAAAUCUUUUUAUUUCAAUCAUUUCAGUGGUUGCCAUAUACGAGUAUGUUUGGCAACUUUACCUAAAUAAAUUAAUUUAAGAUGAAGUGUGUGUAACAGAUAUCACGCCUUUUUUACCCUGAAGUCUAAGGCGAUAACUCUGAAAGUCGUAUUUUAAAUUAAUAAAUAACCUUUAGAGGGCUUUAAUAAUGUUAACAGUAAGAUGAUGUAAAUAUGACAAAUCCUCUCCAUGGAAUUUUUCUUUGAGAAAAUAGUUACAUACAUAAAUCACGUCUUAUCCUCCCUAAAGUGUGGUAGACAGAGCCAAAAGUCUCGAAGGACCGAUAGGCCACGUUCAUCUGUUUGGUUUAAUGAUAGAAUUGAAAUUCAAAUAGUGACAGGUUGCUACAGGUCAGGUUGCUAGCCCAUUGCCUAAAAAAAGAAUCCCAAGUUUACAAGCCCAUCCCUUAAUCGCCUAUUUAGACAUCCAUUGGAAAGAGUUAAGAGUGGUCCUAUUCUCUUCUCUAUUGGUGCCGGGAACCACACGGCACUAAGUAAGAAAAUAAAUAUUACUAGCUAUAUGAAAUAAAUAAUUACUUGACUUUCCUAGUAAUGUUUACUCCUGUACUUUACUGAUGCGAAAAGAGAUGAUAUUUUUUUUGUAUAUAUAAUUAUGUUCUAUUCUAGUUCCAAGGGAAGGUAUGAGGUUGUUAGCGCAAAUUUUUCGCAGUUAAAAUAAUAGGCGUAUUAAAGGUAAAAUUUAUACUAUUUGUUAACAUAUUAGUUAAAUACAAAUACAUUCAACAUAUUCUUGGUACGCUUCGUGUAUCUGCUCCAGUGACGUGUCACGCGCGACGCUGUUUUUAUCGCGCGAUAUACUAUCGCUGUUUCGCUUUUUAUUAUGACUUGAAACGGAAUAGUGAUGAUUUUUCGCGCGAUAAAAAUGUAAUCGCGCGUGCCGUGCUACGGUGGCUGGACUUUUAUAUUCUGACCAAGUUUAGUUCUUUAAAUGGAUUAACCUUUGAAAGAAAUAUGUAAAGAAAAUUAAAAAAAAAAAUUGGCGUGGCAUAAAAAUGAGCAGUCAGCUGAUGCAAUUGUUUAUGGGAAGAUGAAUAUUACUUCGUUAUAAAUAUUUCCGUAAUUAAUACCCUGGCAUGUCUGUCGGUUUGUAACGCUAUCACAGCUGAAACGCGCAAUCGAUUUUUAAGUGAUUUUGAACGGAUAAUUCAACACAAAGUCAAAUAUAAGCUACCUUUAGCGAGUGAAAUCGCGGGUAACAGCUAGUUCGCCUAUAAAUUUAAAUUUGUUUCAUGUAUGUACUGAAUUUUAAUACUGUAAGAGUUACACAUUUUGACUACAUUCAAAAAUAGGUUACAGACAAUAUAUUCAUGUGUUUCACAUAAAACUGAUUUCUAUUAUAAGUUAAUUGUGUUGUGUUAAUAAAUUGAGGCAUUGAGAGAGUGUCGAUUUGGAUUUUAUUCUAUGUAAAUAGAAAUAAAAUGAUAUUUGAAGCGA